GAGCUUUUCUAGUAGUUGUUUGGGUUUGAAUGGUUCCCAAGUUAACUUAGCAGAAAGCUGUAUAAAUAUCAAACCAUUGGUACUGUUCUGGUAUGCACAUUUCCUUAAAACAAAUGAAGCAAACCAUGAAAAUAGUUGUUGCCUUUGUUUUCAUUGCUGUAGCGACCAUCAACAUUAGCUUCUGCAAAGGAAGCUCUUCUGUUGGUUGCCUCCAAAGCGAGAGACUAGCACUUUUAAGGUUCAAGCAAGAUCUCACUGAUCCUGUGAAUCGGCUUGCCUCUUGGACUUCUGAUCAUGAAGAUUGCUGUAUAUGGUCUGGUGUUGUCUGUGACAACUUGACGGGCCAUGUGCUUAAGCUCAACCUUAGAACUCCCCCAAAGAAAGAGUAUUCCACUCCAGCUGAAGAUGAAGCUCGCGAGAGGUCAAAGUUGUCUGGUAAGAUAAAUCAUUCCCUGGUUGAUUUGAAGCAUUUGAGUUCAUUGGACUUAAGCGACAACAAUUUUGAAGGAGUAGAGAUUCCCAGAUUUCUUGGAUCUAUGCAGAAUUUAAGGUACCUCAGUCUAUCUCUGAAUUCAUUCCAGGGUAUGAUUCCUCCCCAACUUGGAAACCUCUCUAAUUUACAGUAUCUUGGCCUCGAUGGCAUAUUAGAUGUGAAGAGUUUGUGGUGGUUAUCUCGUCUUUCUUUGUUGAAACACCUUGAGUUGGAUGGUGUGGAUCUUAGUAAUUCCUCUAAUUGGUCGCAAGUGAUACACACUCUUCCUUCCUUAGUAGUGCUAGAAUUAUCAAACUGUAUGCUUCAUCACUUUCCUCCCCAAACUAUUGCAAAUUUUUCAUCUCUUGCCUCCCUUGAUCUAAGUGGAAAUCAUUUUGAAGGUCCAAUCCCUAAUGGACUUCAAAACUGGACUUCCAUUAGACAUCUUGAUUUAUCUGGAAAUCACUUCAAUUCUUCGAUGCCCAGUUGGUUGUACAAACUUAGAAAUCUUGAGGAACUUUUCCUCUCAGACAAUCGCUUGCAAGGCUCGAUGGAUGGACUAGGAAACCUGUCUUCUAUCAAAGCACUUGAUCUCUCACUAAAUGAUUUUGAUGGAGGAAUGCCAGUGUCAUUUGGAAGGCUUUGCAACUUGAGAUCAAUGUCUCUAGAAGCGGUCAUACUGAAUCAGGAAAUAUCUCAAAUCUUGAAUAUUUUCUCCGAAUGUGUUGCAAAAGUUUUAGAGCAUUUGAACUUGGCGGACACUCAACUUUUUGGUCCAUUGACCAACCAACUUGGAUGUUUCAAAAUUUUUAAAUCUCUUUGUCUAUAUUACAACUCAAUUUCAGGUUCUAUUCCAAGGUCUUUAGGAGAACUUUCAUCCUUAGAAAUUUUGUUUCUUGCUGAUAACCAAUUCAAUGGAACUCUUUCUGAAAUCCACUUUAAUAAUCUCACAAGACCGAUGGCAUUAGGAGUAUCUGGAAAUUCACUAAUGUUUAAAUUCCCUCCUCAGUGGGCUCCUCCAUUUAAACUUCUACUUUUAAGGUUAGGUUCUUGUCAUUUAGGCCCUCAUUUUCCAUCUUGGCUUCGUUCACAAAGGAGUUUGUUUUACCUUGAUAUAUCCAACUCAUGCAUUUUUGACACUAUUCCACAAUAUUUGUUCAAAUUUCCAUUAACAUUUUUAAAUCUCUCACACAACAAAUUCUCUGGGGAGAUUCCAAAUUUAAUCCAGUCAAAUCAACUUCAUGUUCUUGACUUGAAUUCAAAUAAUCUAUCAGGUUCUUUACCUCAGAUACCUAUAAAUAUGUAUGUACUUGAUCUUUCCAAUAAUGCUAUUUUAGGAUCUAUGUACGCUCUGUUGUGUCAUGAGAUGAAUGAGUCAAAAAGUUCGAUGGAAAUGCUCAUCCUCAAUAAAAACUUCUUAUCAGGGGAAUUACCUGAUUGUUGGAUGAAUUGGCAACACUUAAAAGUUCUAAAUUUAGAGAACAAUAGAUUCACUGGAACCCUUCCUCCUUCUAUUGGGUCGUUAACUUCUCUUCAAUCAUUAAACCUUCGCAAAAACAACUUUGUUGGGGAGGUACCUUUAUAACUUCAGAAUUGUACAAAGUUAGUUAAACU